CCCGGCUUCUGACACAGAAAAAGCAACUUGCUGAGACUGAACUGAGCUCCUCUGUGCAUCCUGAGCCGCAGCCCUUAUGCCACUACUCUUCAAGCCUGUCGUUCCACGCACAGCCCCAGCUGCCAGAAUGGUAUGAUGCAAAGUUGCUUCUAACACCACAGGGAACGAAACUCUCUCGUAGACGUGGCAGUCACAGAAGUCAAUGCCACCAGCACGGCCCCCCAUGCUCCGUCCCUCAGGAUGUCCCAGAUCUCCUCGACCUUGAAGCGCUAUGUCGACGCCCCCCGCUACUCCGACGCCUCUUCCUCGUACAGCAAGGCCUCUACCAGUUAUGGCAACUACUCCUCGUACUCCUCCAACCUCUCCUCCUCGUACCCGAACAAGGAGAAAGUCAGCUACAAGCCCACCACGGCCUCCGGCUACCUGUGCUCCUCUCACCUGCGGACGUCGGGGGCCACCUCCUCUUCCUCAUCCUUGAGCUACGACGGCGGAGGGCGGCUCCUCCAGCGCCCUGACUCUGGCACCAGGCUGAGCCCCGCUUAUAGCCGGAUCCCGGUGAGGCCCCCCGGUAGCGGAGGGCUGAGCGGCGGAGCCAGCGGCUACUCCUUCGGCAACAACAGCUAUGGCACCACCAGCCUGGGCCGCAAAAAGUCCAGCAGCCACUCGGACUUGGCUCGGGACCUGUCCAGCAUGCACCUGUCCUCCGCCCCGUACCGCCCCGAGCCUUCCUCCUCCACUCGCGGGCCCUUCGUCGCCCGCACCCGCCAGGAGUUGUGCACCCUGCAGGGCCUUUACCAGUCCACCCAGCGCUCGGAUUACGUCAAGGACUAUUUGGAGUCUUACGGCCGCAAGGGCGGGCGCUCCCCGGGCUCCAGCUUCCAUGGCUCCACCCCAGAGGUCAUCACCCCCACCCUGCGCCCCACCAGCCGCUGCUCCGUUCAGCAGUGGGAGCGGACAGACAGCCGGACGGACGUCUUGGCCAAGGAGGCUCCGAAUUCCAAAACGGUGCAGGGUCUGACCGGCCUCCGGAACCUCGGCAAUACCUGUUUCAUGAACUCCAUCCUGCAGUGUUUGAGCAACACCAAAGAGCUUCGGGAUUACUGCCUGCAGAGCCAGUAUGUCCGCGACCUCAACAAUAACAGCCGUAUGCAGAUGGCCCUCAUGGCAGAGUUUGCCAAGCUCAUCCAGGCACUGUGGACGUCAUCUCCUAACGAAUCCGUGAGUCCUUCCGAAUUCAAGACGCAGAUUCAAAGAUACGCCCCCCGCUUUGUGGGUUACAACCAGCAGGACGCUCAGGAGUUUCUGCGGUUUCUCCUCGACGGGCUCCACAGCGAGGUGAACCGCGUGCUGGUGCGUCCCAAAGGCAGCAACGACAACCUGGACCAUCUCGCGGAUGACGAAAAGGGCAGGCAAAUGUGGAUGAAAUACCUGGCCAGAGAAGACAGCCGGAUUGGGGAUCUAUUCGUGGGGCAGCUGAAGAGUUCUCUGACGUGCAGUAUGUGCGGGUAUUGUUCUACGGCCUUUGAUCCCUUCUGGGACCUGUCUCUGCCCAUUGCCAAGAAGAGCUACGGGGAAGUGAACUUGAUUGACUGUAUGAGGCUCUUCACCAAGGAGGACGUCCUAGAUGGAGAUGAGAAACCCACCUGCUGCCAUUGCAAGGCCAGGACGAAAUGCACGAAGAAGUUCAGCGUCCAGAGGUUCCCCAAAAUCCUGGUGUUACACCUGAAGCGUUUCUCCGAAGCCAGGAUGCGAUCUAGCAAGCUCACCACGUUCGUUAAUUUCCCUCUCAAGGACCUGGACCUGAGGGAAUUCGCAUCCCAAAGCUGCAAUCAUGCUAUUUACAACCUGUACGCGGUCUCCAAUCACAGUGGAACCACCAUGGGUGGUCACUACACAGCCUACUGCAAGAACCCCGUGUCCGGAGAGUGGCAUGCCUUCAAUGACUCACGCGUUACGCCACUCUCUUCAAGCCACGUCCGGAGCAGUGACGCGUACCUCCUUUUCUACGAGUUGGCCAGCCCGUCUUCGCGAAUGUAGCUUCCACGAACGCCCCCCCCCUUUCCCCCAGCCCCAAAGGAGGGAAUAAAGCCAAGGACCAGUUCACUGAUGGAAUGUGGAGGGGGGAGACCCAGGACAAUGGUGACUCGAGGGAUUUUUCUAAGCCGGGUUUUUCUUUUUUCUUAAAAAACAAACAAAAAACAAAAAAAGAGGGAGAAAAGUCCUAAUAAAGCGUUGACUAAAGAUGUCGACUUUUAUGGGAAGCGCUUUCUCCCACUUCGGGGCUCAGGACGAAGAGUAGCACACCCGCCCAUCAGCUUCACAGAUGCCCAGGACGAAACAUCACUGUUGGAGGGCAGGUGCACCUCAUGGCUCCAAAAACCUCCUCGUGUUAUUGGGGGCGGUUUUUCAGUAUUCUCUCUCUCUCUCUCUCUCUCUUUUAUUCCCCCAUCCCUUUUAUUUCCAUUUUUCUUUUGGUGUGCAAUAAACCGUGAACAGCAACUCCUGAGGGGCAGCGACCUAUCUGUCCCGUUUUAUCCACACAACCCCAAGUGUGAUGCGAAGGAAUCUGAGCUGGCGCAUCCCGUGUUCCCUUCUCCCCGUGGAUCGGAGCGCCACCUGGAGACGGCGGCUGAGCAUGGCAACGGGACCCAAUCCUCUGCAUUUCUCACCCUUGCAGCCCUCCACAUUCCGUCCCCAGACAGAGGUGUGAGGCGGGGCGGAUAAAACGGGCGAAUAAAACGGCUCAUUCACCCACUUCGAUCUCUGCUCCGUUGACAGUGGGCUCUUGCCACAUAAACUUUUCGCAAAGGGAUGCUUCAUAACUCUGUUACAAGACCGCACCGGUGUGCAAGUUUGUUUCCUACAGGGGCUGAGGACCUCGAAUGACUGUCGCCCCCACCCCCUUGCGUUUUGAGGGAUGCUUAUUGGUCCCGUUUUAUUUUUAAACUUCUUUAUAAAACCUGGUGCACUUCCAGCUCGGCUUUUUGGACUCCAGCAAAGGCGAUUGUGCGCUGGGUGAAUUUCUACCUGUCCCUUUUCACGACCGUGCCUUAAACCAUCUGGGGGAAAACUUGAGGUGUUCUACGUGAGCAAAAAUGCCCUGUGUAACUUGCAGAAAUGCUCUUCUGCCUUUCUCCACCAACGCACACGCAUCUGCUUCCCUCGCUCCUAUCCUGGGAUGGAGAAAGGCCCGUUCAAAAAUGCUUUGGGAAGUUUGCGCUGGGUUUUCAGGAACACAGUUGCUUGGGGUUGGGUUUAGGUUUGGUACUUAGGCAACAAGCCCCCGGCAUGAGCUGCGUGAGGGCAGUAGCUUGUCCUGCCAACGACAUGUUCUUCUCAGAGGGAAAGAACUGAGCCAGUUUUGAAACUAUGACCUCUGGUCAGCCAACAGAUGUCAAUAACCUUAUUUAACUUUUUCCUCUUAUUUAUUCUCUGCACACACCUGCACACCUGCUUUUCAACCCACGUCCAGAAUAUGAUGUACCUGACAGGCAGAACCCACAGAGAUUCUUUAACAGCUUUGUGCUGGACAGAGAUUCAACAGGUCUGAGCUUUUCGACAGGUGUGCUGAGGGCGAGGGAAACCAGCACUUCUUGCGUGUUUUUCUCUUCUUAUCAUGAAGCUGUUAAAGGCGUCAAGCCUCAGUCAGGAAAGUAAGGAGGGCAGCACCCUGAGCCGCCUCCACCCCAAUAUUGAAUCAGGCAGGGUAUUAGAUGCCUAAGUGUGGGCAUACUGAAUGUUGAUAUCGGCCGAGAAACUGAAAAUGGCUGAAAAUCCCGUCGCCCUUUCCCCCCCCUGUAAAACCCCUCGCUCAGGGUCCUCCUCAUGCCAUUCAAAGGGAAAUUCCUUUCUUUUCUUCUUCUUUUGGUCUCUUUACAGUUUUCACACCAUUUCAACAUGGCUGGCGCUAAGGGCCCCGAGGGGAGUGGAGGGGGUAACGCAAGGUGUACAUGGUUCGCGUGAGAAAGGCCUUUCUCAGUGUUUUUAUUUCAGUUGGACUUAAUGGCUUGUUUACUGUGUAAGCAAGGUGAGAGGAGGGCCUCCCAUCACUCAGAAGGGAGACUUGUACAGAAAUAAAAUGGUAGCUUGAUG